CUUCGUUUGUGUCAUUUUGGCACAAGGUCUCCUAGAUCCUCUCUCAUCUCCGCAUUCCUUCUCUGUUUUCUCAAACAAUUGAGAGUCUCUCGCCGUCAAAUCUGCUUUUAUAUUCAUAUUAUUAUUUGUAAUAUAUAUAAUUCUUCAGUCAAAAUUUACGUAUAUAUAUAUAUAUAUAUAUUUUCAAAAAACUAGAUAUAAAAAAGUGCAUGGCUGUGUCAGCAGUGUUUCACCGUCUGUGCUCCAUAAAUCCACAGAAUCCAAAGUGUUACAAAACUCAAUCCGUAGCUCGACCUUACUCACAGUUCCUUUCUUCCGAUUCGUUAUUGAGGUUGAAGAAGCAACCUCUGCUUUCACAAGUCCAAACUAGGAAGCUCAGGACCCAGAAAUCUUCCUCCUUUCCUGUUGUUUAUGCUGCACAAUCCAACUUCUUCAAAGUUCUUCAGACGGCAUGGAGGAUUGGGAGGGAUGGGAUUGAGGCAGGAGCCAAUCUGGUCCCUGAUUCUGUACCUAGACCGAUAGCAAAGAUUUCUGUGGCAGUUGUUGUAUCGAGCAUUUCGCUCUUUGUACUCAGGUCUUUCUUGUCUACAGCUUUCUUUGCGCUGGCCACGAUGGGACUUGUGUAUUUUAUAUUCUUAGCUUUGAAUAAAGAUGAAGGACCAAGAAGGGGAGGGGGAGGGGGAGGGGGAGGGGGAAGGGGAGGGGAAGGGGAUGGAGGAGACACAACUUCUACUGAAGAUACUCUAGAAGAAGCCAGAAGAAUUAUGGAGAAGUACAAGUAACACACAAGGGCUAAGCUACUUCUUGUACAAUUCAAUUUCCAUUGCAAAAUGAGGAUGAUACUCACAAAGGGAGAACAAGGAAUGUCCAGAAAAAAAAAAUUACCUUAAUUUAGAUAGAUUCGUCUUUCAAUUUGCUCAAACUCAUUCAUACCCUUAACCAUCUGUAUAGUUUUAAGAGGGAAAUAUUUUAAGUUUUGUUUUGGCUGGUGCCAGUAGUUUAGUUGAGCUGUACCUUUGUUAAAAAUUGAAUCGAAUGCUAUAAUCCGAUUAAAUUAGUGCUGAA